GGUUGAAAGAAACCACAAUGCCCAGUACUCCGACCCCGACCUUUAAUCACAAGAAACUCUCACCCAACACCAUCAUCGGACGCCCUUCCGGUCAUCCAGAUUCUGUGCUCCGGUGUUUUCUUCUGGCUAACCGGCAGGGGGCGAGCGAGUGAGGAGGGCGAAGCCAUGGGCCUUCUAGCUCACUCACAACGUCUGCACUGACUUCCGGCCCCACUCUGUUCCGUUUCCGAGGAGCGCGGGUACCGCUGUGCUGGUUUUUGGUGGGACUGUGCGUACGAGACGUUUGCGCUCGCGGAUCUCGGUGGUGGCCUCGGCGUGGCAGGUGAUACUUGGAAGUGCACUGGGCCCCUGCUUCCCGGCAGUGCUUUCAUUUUCCACCGGAGUGGAAGGAGAGUGCAGCGAUGGCGGCCCCUGCGCAGCCCAAGAAAAUCGUGGCCCCUACGGUGUCCCAGAUCAACGCGGAGUUCGUAACACAGUUAGCAUGUAAAUACUGGGCUCCUCACAUCAAGAAAAAAUCACCUUUUGAUAUAAAGGUAAUUGAAGAUAUAUAUGAGAAAGAAAUUGUCAAAUCCAGGUUUGCCAUCAGAAAGAUAAUGCUGUUGGAAUUUAGCCAGUAUCUUGAAAAUUAUCUCUGGAUGAAUUAUUCUCCAGAGAUGUCCAGCAAGGCUUAUUUAAUGUCCAUCUGCUGUAUGGUGAAUGAGAAGUUCAGAGAAAAUGUCCCUGCAUGGGAGGAAGUAGACUUGAUACGGAGUCAAGUACAGCAACUUAUCUCCCUCCCAAUGUGGAUGGGCUUACAACCUGCACGAUUGGAAUUAGAAUUAAAAAAGACUCCCAAGCUAAGGAAAUUCUGGAACUUGAUUAAAAAGAAUGAUGAAAAGAUGGAUCCAGAAACAAGAGAACAGGCCUAUCAAGAGAGAAGAUUUCUUUCACAGCUCAUCCAGAAGUUUAUCUCUGUGCUGAAAUCAGUCCCACUUUCUGAACCUGUCACUAUGGACAAAGUUCAUUACUGUGAAAGAUUCAUUGAACUUAUGAUUGAUCUAGAGGCCCUGCUCCCUACAAGACGCUGGUUUAAUACCAUCCUGGAUGACUCCCACCUUUUGGUUCACUGUUACCUUUCCAGUCUUGUUCGUAGGGAAGAGGAUGGGCAUCUUUUUUCCCAGCUUUUGGACAUGCUUAAAUUCUAUACUGGUUUUGAAAUUAAUGACCAAACUGGGAAUGCUCUGACAGAGAAUGAGAUGACCACAAUUCACUAUGAUAGAAUUACUUCUUUACAGAGAGCUGCCUUUGCACAUUUCCCUGAACUGUAUGACUUUGCCCUCUCCAAUGUUGCAGAAGUAGAUACUCGAGAAUCAUUGGUCAAGUUUUUUGGACCUCUUAGUUCAAACACCCUCCACCAGGUGGCAUCAUACCUCUGCUUGUUGCCAACCCUUCCUAAAAAUGCAGACACAUCUUUUGAUAAAGAAUUUCUUCUAGAACUGCUGGUAUCUCGUCAUGAACGUCGAAUUUCUCAGAUUGAACAGUUGAAUCAGAUGCCUUUGUAUCCAACUGAGAAAAUCAUAUGGGAUGAAAAUAUUGUCCCAACUGAGUACUAUUCUGGGGAAGGUUGCCUUGCUCUUCCCAAGUUAAAUUUGCAGUUUUUGACUCUUCAUGACUACCUCCUAAGGAAUUUUAAUCUCUUCCGCUUAGAAUCAACUUAUGAAAUUAGGCAAGACAUCGAGGACAGCGUCAGCAGAAUGAAACCAUGGCAGUCCGAGUAUGGUGGUGUAGUGUUUGGUGGCUGGGCACGGAUGGCUCAGCCCAUUGUGGCUUUCACUGUAGUUGAGGUUGCCAAACCCAACAUAGGUGAAAACUGGCCAACCCGAGUUCGUGCGGAUGUCACCAUCAAUCUGAAUGUCAGAGAUCACAUCAAAGAUGAAUGGGAAGGUCUUCGUAAACAUGAUGUGUGCUUUUUGAUUACUGUACGUCCCACAAAACCUUACGGUACUAAAUUUGACCGCAGGAGACCUUUUAUUGAGCAGGUCGGCCUCGUUUAUGUCAGAGGCUGUGAAAUCCAGGGCAUGCUGGAUGAUAAAGGGCGUGUCAUCGAAGAUGGACCUGAGCCGAGACCCAAUCUUAGAGGAGAAUCAAGGACAUUUCGAGUGUUUUUGGAUCCAAACCAGUAUCAGCAGGAUAUGACCAAUACUAUACAAAAUGGAGCAGAAGAUGUGUAUGACACUUUCAAUAUAAUAAUGAGGAGAAAACCAAAAGAAAAUAACUUUAAGGCUGUGCUGGAGACUAUUCGGAACCUGAUGAAUACUGAUUGUGUGGUACCUGACUGGCUGCAUGAUAUCAUUUUAGGUUAUGGAGACCCAAGCAGUGCCCAUUAUUCAAAAAUGCCCAAUCAGAUCACCACCCUUGAUUUCAAUGAUACAUUUCUCUCCAUUGAGCAUUUAAAGGCCAGCUUUCCUGGCCAUAAUGUUAAAGUAACUGUGGAUGACCCAGCUCUGCAGAUACCUCCUUUCAGGAUUACUUUUCCGAUAAGAAGUGGAAAGGGAAAGAAAAGAAAAGAUGCAGAUGGGGAAGAUGACGACACUGAAGAGGCAAGAACUUUAAUUGUUGAACCUCAUGUUAUUCCUAAUAGGGGUCCUUACCCUUACAACCAACCCAAACGUAAUACAAUUCAGUUCACUCACACACAAAUAGAAGCCAUCCGUGCUGGGAUGCAGCCAGGGCUCACUAUGGUUGUGGGCCCACCUGGUACAGGAAAAACAGAUGUGGCAGUCCAAAUCAUUUCCAACAUCUACCACAAUUUCCCAGAACAGAGGACUCUUAUUGUUACUCAUUCCAAUCAGGCCCUGAACCAGUUGUUUGAGAAAAUCAUGGCUUUAGACAUUGACGAGCGUCACUUGCUACGACUUGGUCAUGGAGAAGAAGAACUAGAGACAGAGAAAGAUUUCAGCAGGUAUGGAAGAGUUAAUUAUGUCUUGGCUCGAAGAAUAGAACUUCUAGAAGAAGUCAAACGAUUGCAGAAGAGCCUAGGUGUUCCAGGAGAUGCCUCAUACACCUGUGAAACUGCAGGCUAUUUCUUCUUAUAUCAGGUGAUGUCUCGUUGGGAAGAAUAUAUCAGCAAAGUGAAAAAUAAAGGAAGUACGUCGCUAGAUGUUACAGAAAUCUCCACUUUCUUCCCUUUCCAUGAAUAUUUUGCAAAUGCUCCUCAGCCCAUUUUUAAAGGCAGAUCAUAUGAAGAAGACAUGGAAAUUGCUGAAGGAUGUUUUAGGCAUAUUAAGAAAAUCUUUACUCAGCUUGAGGAAUUCAGAGCCUCUGAACUACUUCGAAGUGGACUGGACCGAUCUAAAUAUCUUCUGGUGAAAGAAGCUAAGAUCAUUGCUAUGACCUGUACUCAUGCUGCCUUAAAACGACAUGACUUGGUCAAGUUAGGUUUCAAGUAUGACAACAUUUUAAUGGAAGAGGCUGCUCAAAUUCUGGAGAUAGAAACUUUUAUUCCUCUCCUUCUACAGAAUCCUCAAGAUGGAUUUAGCCGGCUGAAGCGAUGGAUAAUGAUUGGUGAUCAUCACCAGUUACCACCAGUCAUUAAGAACAUGGCCUUUCAGAAGUAUUCGAACAUGGAGCAGUCUCUCUUCACUCGCUUUGUCCGUGUUGGCGUUCCUACUGUGGAUCUCGAUGCUCAGGGUAGAGCCAGAGCAAGCUUGUGUAACCUCUACAACUGGCGGUAUAAGAACCUUGGAAACUUACCCCACGUGCAGCUCUUGCCAGAGUUCAGUACAGCAAAUGCUGGCUUGCUGUAUGACUUCCAGCUCAUUAAUGUUGAAGAUUUUCAGGGAGUGGGAGAAUCUGAACCUAAUCCUUACUUUUAUCAGAAUCUUGGAGAGGCAGAGUAUGUAGUAGCACUUUUUAUGUACAUGUGCUUACUUGGUUACCCUGCGGACAAGAUUAGUAUUCUAACAACAUACAAUGGGCAAAAGCAUCUUAUCCGUGACAUCAUCAAUAGACGAUGCGGGAAUAAUCCACUGAUUGGAAGGCCAAGUAAGGUGACAACUGUUGAUAGAUUUCAAGGUCAGCAGAAUGAUUAUAUUCUUCUUUCACUAGUACGAACAAGGGCAGUGGGCCAUUUGAGGGAUGUUCGUCGCUUAGUGGUGGCCAUGUCUAGAGCUAGACUUGGACUCUACAUCUUCGCCAGAGUGUCCCUCUUCCAGAACUGUUUUGAACUGACUCCAGCUUUCAGCCAGCUCACAGCCCGACCACUGCAUUUGCAUAUAAUCCCAGCAGAACCUUUCCCAACCACUAGAAAGAAUGGGGAAAGACCACCUCAUGAAGUACAGAUAGUGAAGAAUAUGCCCCAGAUGGCAAACUAUGUGUACAACAUGUACUUGCAUUUCAUACGGACCACACAUCAUUAUCAUCAGACUUUCUUACAACUACCACCUGCUAUGGUAGAAGAAGGAGAAGAAAUUCCAAGUCAAGAAACAGAACUAGAAAUAGAAGAAGAGGCCAUGGCUGCUCCAGUUGACAGCCUAAGCAGUCCAGCAGAUGCCAGCUGCAGUCAGGAGAGCCCAGCCUCUCAGCCUGACGCGAGCUCUAGUCAGGCUGAGAGCACCCCCGAUCAGACUGCGAUGACCCCCAGUCCAACAGAAGCCAUCCCUGCUGUGUGUGAGGAGACUGUGGCUUCAGCAGGACCUGCUGCUGCUCUGGCAGAGGCUACCUCCCCUCAAGAUGCCACACCGGCCCUAGAAGAGACCAAGUAGCCCAACUGUAGCCUUUCCUAGGAAGGACAUUUCAUUCACAAAGUUACUUUUUUAUAUUUUACAUUUGCUCCUGCUAUUUAAAAGGCACUAACUGAUAUUCAUUUGUUACUUUUGUUAGCUGGUUUUCUUGUUAUAUAUAUAUAUUUCUUGUACAUAUUUUUAAAAAAUUGUAAAUGGACAACUCUUGUUUCAUUUGUUCAAUCAGAAAGUCAAAUAACCAUCCCUUUGAUAUUUUGAUCACUGAAUAUAUCUAUAAUCAUAUGUACAUUAAAUUUUUCUGUAGAACACAUAAGACAUACUUCAUGUUUUUAGUGAAAACUUCUCUAGAGGAAAAAGACAGAACACAUUGGGCCGGGGAUUUAGCUCAGUGGUUCCGUCGCUAGCCUUGCAAGCGCAAGGACCGGAGUUCAAUCCCUGGUACCAAAAAAAAAAGAGAGAACACACUCUUUAAGCAUGAAUGUCCUUGAGUAAGGGUCCAAAUUAGGAGGAAAUUGUUUCUCACAUCAUGCUCAAGUUCUGUUGCCUUUUUUCCCACUUUUCUUUCUUUCUUUCAAUAAAGGCAGUAACAGCCAUAAGAUAGUUUUCUCUGUCGUAUCAAAGAGUUCACUUGUACUUUCCCCAGAAUCUGAGCAUGUGUUCGAAUCACCUAGAGCAGUGAAACUGUAGCACACGUGCCGAAGCAGGCGUGCAGAGUCCUCUCCGUCGGCACAUGAGCCAAGUCACCCCAGCAGCCGAGCAUUGGGUAACAGUUGUUUUUUCUAAACUAACUCAGUUUUCGGGUCUAAUAGCAGUGUUGGUGCUUUGUGAUAAAUAAGUAGGUUUUGGGUUGCAGUUAUGGCCCUCAGUCCCUAAAAGGUUCAGCAUCAUUAACCUAGAGUAUGUUUUUCCUUAGGGCCUACCUCAGACCUAGUGAAUCAGAUAUCGUGGGGUGAGGACAGGUUCCUUAACACCUGUAGUGUUUAUGUUGCUGGUAGAGCAGUGUCAGAUAAAGCUCGUGAGGCUGAAGUAGGAUUUGUCAGUCAGCUAAAUGGGAAGACUAUAAAGUCAUUCUGGACAUGAAGCAGGACUCAGUCUGGGAAGUAGAGUCAGCAAACUUAACUCCUGUGUGCAGGUUAGAAGUCUCCCUACUCAGAGCUUCUGAACUUUGUUUAGUCGUCAUGGUAAAUAACCAGUCGCAAGGAGACUUGCAGGUCAAGUGUGAUCCAAAUAUGGGAGGGCAAGCUAAGAAGACCUUGCCACACAAAUGCGGUUAGCAAACCAGCAGCAUUGGUAUCAGGUUGAAGUUUCUUAGAAAUGCAGAAGUGUGGGCUCUACUCCAGACCUAUUAAAUCGAAGUUUGUAUUUCAACAAAAUCCUCCAGUGAUUCAUAGGUACUUUGUGGUCUGAGAAACACUGAUCUGGGAUUACUGUGCUGUCGUCACAUCAGUGAGGCUACAGUGGCAGAGUCAGCAGUGAAUGUGACAUAUUUUCCAACAAGUGACCUCUGCCUAUGAAGAACCUGGACAUGGUCACAGGAAAAAAAAUGAUGGAGAGGGAGAAAUUACUCACUUUUCCCCAUUUGGGGGGACGAGUUACCUGCUAGAGUAGCUAAGGAAAGGACUGCAAUGCAUCUACCUCAAGUUUUGACCAUGUCCAAGGGAUCUUUGCAGAAAUAAGCAGGAACUGUGUGCUACUGUUGAAAUCCUGGUCUUCACAGCUUGAAGGAAUGACGUUUAAUAAGGAAAUUGAACAUAGUCAAGUCAGUUAGUUUUGAGUGACUGAUGUUUGACCAACUCUUCCAGACAGUGGUAGAUGUGAUUCCAACUCAACUGUCGGUUCUGCUGCAUGAGAGCACUGAUUGAGAUCAUGUGGGGCGAUGGGAUGAAGUGAGAUGAUGAAGAGGGUGAAAGGCCAAGGAAACCACACUGGGAAACCUCCGUCUGUUUUCAAAGUAAGGAACAAGCCAGAUAGUCUGUUACAUAAUUUCUCUGCUAGGAACAUUUGAAAGAAGGUGUUGUGGGCAUUUGUAUGAGGAAUAGCACUUAUGGAAUUAUCUUCAUUUGUGAAUAUAUGGUAUCAGGCUAAGCAAGAGGGAAAGAAGCUUUGCUGUAUUACCGUCUUUCCUGAAAAAGAUCGAUUUUUCUCUCUGCCCUUUAGGGGAUGUGAAUGAUGAUAACAGUAAGCAAAAUAAACAAACUGUUAAGCAGAUUUCUCAAACUAUUUUUCAAACUGCACAUUACAUUUUUUUUUUCCUUUGCUGCUUGGUUUUUUACCACACAAAGCAAACGUAGGUGUCAAAGAAAUUAAAAAGUUGAUGAUGGGAGUGGGAUUUCAACUCUAAAUUGUUCAUUCAUUUGGAAAGCUGGUGAAUUGCAGUUGACUAAAGAAUAAUGGAUAUUUUUUUCCCCAGUACUGGAAAUUGAAUCCCAAGAGCCUUUGCCACAUCCUUACCCCCUAUAAAUGUUUUUUUAAAUUUUGGGACAGAAUCAGAAUUUUGAAAGGAAUUUAAGAAAUUUUACUUUCUUAAAGAAUGAGGAAACAGAAUAGACUCAACCUGAAUGGCAACUAGGACAGACACAUAGAAUCCAAAUCUACAGUUGCAAGGUAGUGUUUAUUUUAAAUCAAGAAUACAGGAGAGAAGCUUCACAAAUCGGAAUUUCCUGUUUGAUGAGAAUGACUACAGACAGGUACUGUAGCCAUGUGGCUUUCAGAUCUGCCCUCCCAGUGCUCUCCAGCCUGUCUCUUGUAUUUGAAUAUGUCAUGAUUGUGGAAUCUAUUUUUAAAAGGAGACCGGGAAGAUGUACACUGAGAAAUGAGCAUGAAAUGAAGCAAUUCAAAGUACUGAGACAUUUUCCCCCCACAAAAUGCUGAGCUAAGAAAGUUCAUUACCCGCAGCUGAGAAUAAAUAACUCCAUUGAUUUGGGCAAAUGAAUGAGAAGAUCUAAACAUCAGGACUCUUGAAGUUGGUGUGAUAAUUAAAGUUGAGAUAUUUUGCUAAAUACUGGGAGAAAAUGCAAAAAUGGGUCAUUUGUGCUUGUAUUAAAAAUGGAGUUGUUUUGUGUUUUAA